AAUUCUUGCAGUAAGGCUAUACAUUUUCCCUCAAGUAGACUUUGUUCCAUUUUCACGUUAGUUUCCAUUUCUUUGUUUUGUGGUAGAGGUAUUUUUCUUAUCAUAUAUUUCUACUAUGACAGUACUAUGGUUAGAGAAUAUUUUACCAAAUGAAAUUAGCCUUGGGAAUUUGUUGCUACUUCCUUUGUUGCAUGGUACGUGGUUACUUUUUGCAAUAUUCAGUAAGCAUCUUGAAAAAAUGUGUAUUCUCCAUAUUUUAGGUGCAGGAUUUGCUACUCAGUCCACUCAUUUCUGAGGGAAGUGGUAACAAUCCCUCAUUCCAGAGGAGGAUGUGCCAGUUCCUUUGGAAGUUCAGUUAGCUUUGGCUUUAUACAUUUUGAGGGUUUGUUGUUAGGUACAUUCAUGUUGAUAAGUAUUAUAGCUUUUUGGUGGAUCUCUCCUUUUAUUUAUAUGGAAUGUCUGUCUUUAUUCCUAUUAAUGAUUUUUGCUUUAAAUUCUGUUUUGACUGGUGUUAGUGUUGCUAAACCGCAUGCUGCAAUGUGUCUGAAAUUCGCAAACACCAUGCUGAGCGGUAGAAUCUGGCACAGAGGAGUGUGGACUGCAUAACCCUCUGCAUGAAGUUCAGAACAGGCACAGCUGGUGUGCUGGGGGUUGCCUUGAGGGUGCAGGGGCUUCAGGGUGUCUGCGAGCUGAUCUGUUCUCUUUCUUGAUGUGAGUGCUGAUUAUGCGUGCAGUUUGUGAUUGUCCUUCAGACUGUACCCUUAGGAGUUGUCUCUUUCUGCAAAAAUGUCAUAAUGAUAAAAAGCUUAAAGAAUACAAGGAAAGGUAUGUAGCUGCAACGGCUUUAUUUGUGUGUCUGCUCUCUUUGUUUACUCAUAUUCAGCUUUUCUGUGUUGUUAUAUUUUAGGUUAAAUAGCUGCAUUUUGUGUAUCUGAAAGUCUUGUGCUUCUAAUAGCACCUGAGUGACUGGGUCCUGCCCACCACCCACGGGAAGCCCAGGGCACGGGGCAAUGGCAGCCGAACUCCCGUCUGCCCGGCCCCAGGCCUUGGUGACCUUUGAGGACGUGGCUGUGCUCCUCUCCCGGGAGGAGUGGGGCCGUCUGGGCCCUCCUCAGCGGGGCCUCUACAGGGACGUGAUGCUGGAGACCUAUGGGAACCUGGUCUCUCUGGGAGCGGGACUCACAGGUCCUAAACCUGCAGUGAUCUCGCAUUUGGAGCGAGGGGAUGAGCCGUGGGUCCUGGACACACAAGGUGCUGAGGGGAAAGAACGACUGCGAAUCGACAGCUCAGAUCAUGGAACCAGAACUGAGAUCAAUGAAUUGACUUCACAGGAGAUGUUUGAUGGGAAAGAACUGGACCGACUCAGGGGGUCUGUUCCCCGGGUACCUGAGGUGAGAGAAGCCCAUGACCAUGUUGGGGAGCCACAGGAGUGCCCAGACAAGCCAGUGAGGCAGAGAGGCCCCAGGCCAGUCAUGGUGACUGGUGAGGAGAGCGACUGGGAGCCUGGAGGAAGCCUCAGGAAUGGGUCAAGUCCUAAUCUGGAUCAGAGACCUCACAAAUGUGAUAUAUGUGAGCAGAGUUUUGAACAGAGAUCAUACCUCAACAACCAUAAGCGCGUACACAAGUCAAAAAAAACAGAUACAGUUCACGGUUCUGGGGAAAUUUGCAGUGCAAAUGUAAUUGUUAAUGAAGAACACAAAAUUCCUAUUGGGAAAAAAUUGCAUUAUUGUAGUUACUGCAGGAAAACUUUCAGGUACAGUGCUAACCUUGUCAAGCAUCAGAGGCUUCACAGUGAAGAGAAGCCCUACAAGUGUGAUGAGUGUGGAAAAGCCUUCAGCCAGAGCUGCGAGUUCAUCAAUCACCGGAGGAUACACUCUGGGGAGAUCCCCUACAGGUGUGAUGAGUGUGGGAAAACAUUCAAUAGGAGGCCCAACCUCAUGAAGCAUCAGAGAAUUCACACUGGGGAAAAGCCCUACAAGUGUGGUGAGUGUGGGAAGCAUUUUAGUGCCUACUCUUCCCUUAUUUAUCACCAGAGAAUCCACACUGGAGAGAAACCCUAUAAAUGUAAUGACUGUGGGAAAGCCUUCAGUGAUAGCUCAAUCCUUAUCCGACAUCGUCGAACUCACACUGGAGAGAAGCCAUUUGAGUGUAAAGAAUGUGGCAAAGGCUUUACCCAGAGUUCUAACCUUAUCCAACAUCAGAGAAUUCAUACUGGAGAGAAACCCUACAAAUGUAACGAAUGCGAGAAAGCCUUCAUCCAAAAAACCAAACUGGUCGAACAUCAGAGAAGCCACACUGGAGAAAAGCCCUAUGAAUGUAAUGACUGUGGCAAAGUCUUCAGCCAGAGCACACAUCUUAUUCAGCAUCAGAGAAUCCACACUGGCGAGAAGCCCUACAAGUGCAGUGAGUGUGGGAAGGCCUUUCACAACAGUUCCAGACUUAUUCACCAUCAGAGAUCACAUCACGGAGAGAAGCCGUACAAAUGCUCCGACUGCAAGAAAGCCUUCAGCCAGAGCACUUAUCUCAUACAGCACCAGAGAAUCCACACUGGUGAGAAGCCCUACAGGUGCAGUGAGUGUGGGAAGGCCUUCCGGCACAGCUCCAAUGUUUUCCAGCAUCAGAGGAUUCACCUCCGGGAAGACUUCUCCAUGUGAGAGCAGAGGCGAGCCCAUGAGUGCCGAGUCCUACUGUGUGCUUCCUCCCAGGCUCCUCUGCACUGCCCACCUCCCUUUAUUUAUUGUUCACACAGUGUUGCCACAGGGUGAAAGGGCAUUUCUCCUUAAUUAAACCUCUUUUCUUAACCCAAAA